CGGAGUUUACAGUCAGGAGCCGGGCAAUUUCCAAUGCAAAAAGCGAAAUGGAGCACCACAAGAGUCGGAUGGGGUACACGCUCUGCAUGCUAACUCUGUUCAUGUGCGGAGCCGUUCUCUUCCUUAUUGGAUUUUUUCCAGCCUCUUAUUCGGCGUCGGAGGAAGAAAAGAGCAUACCCAAUGACCGGCCAACAACACUCCAUGGCAUAAAGCUGGAACCGCCGCCACCGAGCUACGACUCCUUUAUACUAUUCCUUGUGGAUGCUUUGCGCGAAGACUUUCCUAGUGCCACGUCCAUGCCAGUAGCGUUUGCCAGGGCCUGCGAAAAGUUGACGCUUCACGUGGACAUACCGACGGUGACGAUGCCACGACUGAAAAGCAUUACCACCGGCACCCUCUCCAACUUUAUCGACAUAGCACUCAAUGUGGGCCACACAGAGCAAUUGGAGGACUCACUGCUUCAUCGGCUUAAACAACGGAACCGCGUCGUGUCCUUUGCCGGUGACCACACCUGGGUAAACCUGUUCCCCAGUGAGUUUACACGGCGUGCGGAGAACAACGACUCCUUUUUCGUCAACGACUUCUACGAGGGCGACAGAAACGUGACUAAAGUGCUGGAGUCAGAGCUGGAGAUGAAUGACUGGUCCUUACUGAUACUGCACUAUCUAGGCUUGGACCACAUUGGCCAUGUCGAGGGCAAUGAGAGUCCAAAGGUGCAACACAAACUGAAGGAAAUGGACGAGUCGGUUCAAAAGAUACUGGAUCAUAGGAACUUUCCAAACUACAUGGUCCUGUUGACAGGCGACCACGGCAUGGCUGAUGGCGGUGGACAUGGAGGCAACACGCCAGCGGAAACUCUGGUGCCGCUGUAUUUGUAUUCGAAGAACUGCUCCAAGCCCAGUUCUGGCAGUAAGCGAUAUAACCAAAUCGACUUAGCACCCACCUUGGCGGUUCUACUGUCUGUUGAGAUACCUUCCCUGUCCAUUGGCUGCCUGAUACCGGAGAUGCUGCAGUCAUUAUCAUUGGAGCACGAGAUGUACGCCUACUUUUACAACGCCCAUCACCUGUUGAACAAGGCCAGAGUAAAGUUCGGCCAUGAAAAAGUGCGCCGCAGCGAUUACUACACCUGGUAUCAAAACGCGACUCUGCUGCACAGGCAGCUGCUGUUGCCGCUUCGGGAUGGGGACGGCAGCGGGACCAGCCAGGUGCUCUAUCAGAAUGCCAAGUUGAAUUACAUUCGUUUGGCUCGCGAGAUUUCCGGGCUCCUCUCAGAGUCGCUGGUAAAGUUUGACUACGGAUUCAUUGUAUUGGGACUGUCGCUUACCACCGCCACAUCCCUUCAUAUCGUGCUUAGCGUCCUGUUCUUGGACAUAACGGAUCAGUUAAAAUUGGACAGCCUCAAGGCGGGGCAAUUGCUGGUCUGUACGGCUAUGGCUGCUGUGCUCAAUGUGGCCAGCCAUAUAUUCGAUAUAAUCUUCACAAGCUCAAUGCUUUAUAGCAUCCUAAUCGUCGUGCCCCUGGCCUUGUCCAUUUAUAUAACAUUCGAUGUAGCGCAGGCUCUUCUGAAGAUAGUCCUGCCACCUGUAUACACUCGUCGCCUGAGGCUCUCCAUUCCAUUGCCGCUACCCCUGCUCGUAUGCUUUGCCAUUCGCACCUUUACGCUGGGAUCCUCGUCAUUCAUAGAGUUCGAGUACAAGACCUGGUACUAUUUGGGCAACACUCUCAUCCUGUUCACCGCACUUAGGACGUUGCGACGACGCAUCACCAAGGCCAAUGUGGAGCUGGACGGGCGGCACUUGCACAAGAUUGCCUAUGCAUGUCUUUGGCAACAGCGCAAGAUUUUUGUGGUGCUUAUUCUGCUCACGCUCAUGCGUUACCUGCACAGGUUUCAUGCCAUCCGCAGCACCCUUAUGUUGUUCUCGCUGAUGUUGCUUUGGGCACGCCUGCGCAAGUUUAGCCAACUGCCGCAGAGCAUUGCAAGUGGAGCAGCAUUCCUUGUGGUAUACUGCUAUCGCGGUCUCAACGGCCAGGUGCAGUUCUUCGAGCUGCCCCCGUACCUGACAUCUCGCAUCAUGGUCCCCACUCUGGUGAUAUUUUGGUGCUGCCUUGCACUGGUCUUGGUGCUGGGCUAUCGGGCGGCGCUUCCACAAACUCGUUUAGAUAAAAGAUUCGAUGAGAUGCCGCCAAAAAGCGUUCUACUGCAGUUGCUGCAAGCUAAUCUGACUAGCUCCCUACUGCUGGCGGCUUUGUUGCAGAAGGUACAGAACAUUAUACUCCUGCCUACGCUGCUCAUAGCUCUGGAUGAGACGUACAAGCUAUGCGAUGCCUUUGGCACCAGUGCCAGAAAGUUCUCGGUGCGACUUGUUCAUGUGUACAAGAUCAUCAUGACCAUAUUUGUGGCCAGAAUGUUCUAUUUCUACCAGGGAAACUCGAACAGCCUCUCGACAAUUGACCUGACGCCGGGCUACAUAGGUCAGACGAGCUACAAUCCGGCCAUUGUCGCGCUGUUCGUCACCCUCAAUACGUACAGCGCGGAAAUACAUUCCUUCCUCUACCUUAUUGUACACACGCUCCGUUCUGAUCUGCGCAGUGUGGGCAUUAUGCAGCUGCAACCACCCUACUCGAUUGCCGCGGACUCGCUGGUAGCUCCGCUCUAUGCCAGCCUAGUCAUGCUGCCGACAGCCUUCUACCUCUGUCUAAUGGUUGGCUUCCGCUACCACCUCUUUAUUUAUUCCGUCUUCUCACCGAAAGUGCUUUACGACUGUUACACGGUGCUGGUGUUCUAUUUUGUUUUUUUAAUAACGAGUUUGUACUUUAAAUUGUUUAAACAGGACGCUUAAAUAUUAAUUAUAUUACUUUUAAAACGCUUAA